GAGGGAGGGGGGCUAACGGCGAUUGGCUGCGGGGAGCGAGCGGCGGCGGCGGCGGCUCGGCGGGGCCAGAGAGAGGAGCUGGACGAGCUCUCUCGCUCAGCCUGCCUGGCCGUGCCCGCUUCAAGGCAGAAAAGCCGCUGCAAGGGACAGGAAGGUUUUGAAGUGGCAUCAUGGCUCACUCCAAGACAAGAGCCAAUGAUGGAAAAAUUACUUAUCCUCCAGGAGUUAAAGAAAUAUCUGAUAAAAUUUCUAAAGAAGAAAUGGUGCGGCGGUUAAAAAUGGUUGUAAAAACCUUCAUGGAUAUGGACCAGGAUUCUGAAGAAGAAAAGGAGCUGUAUCUUAAUCUUGCUUUACAUCUUGCUUCUGAUUUUUUCCUUAAGCAUCCUGAUAAAGAUGUUCGCUUGCUUGUAGCAUGCUGUCUUGCUGAUAUUUUUAGAAUAUAUGCUCCUGAAGCACCAUAUACUUCACCAGAUAAACUUAAGGAUAUAUUUAUGUUCAUAACAAGACAGCUGAAAGGAUUAGAAGACACAAAAAGCCCGCAGUUCAAUAGAUAUUUUUAUUUACUUGAGAACAUUGCCUGGGUUAAGUCUUACAACAUAUGCUUUGAACUAGAAGAUAGUAAUGAAAUUUUUACACAAUUAUACAGAACAUUGUUUUCUGUAAUCAACAAUGGCCAUAAUCAGAAGGUUCAUAUGCAUAUGGUGGAUUUGAUGAGCUCCAUUAUUUGUGAAGGUGAUACAGUAUCCCAGGAGCUUUUGGAUACAGUUUUAGUUAAUCUGGUGCCUGCACAUAAGAACCUGAACAAGCAAGCAUAUGACUUGGCAAAAGCUUUAUUGAAGAGGACAGCCCAAGCUAUUGAACCAUACAUUACGAAUUUUUUUAAUCAAGUGCUUAUGCUAGGAAAAACAUCUAUCAGUGAUCUCUCAGAGCAUGUUUUUGACUUAAUUCUGGAACUAUAUAAUAUUGACAGUCAUCUGUUACUCUCAGUUUUGCCACAGCUUGAAUUCAAGCUUAAGAGUAAUGACAAUGAAGAACGCCUACAAGUUGUAAAACUACUAGCAAAAAUGUUUGGAGCAAAGGAUUCAGAAUUGGCAUCUCAAAACAAACCACUUUGGCAGUGCUACUUGGGAAGAUUUAAUGACAUUCACGUUCCCAUUCGUCUUGAAUGUGUGAAAUUUGCUAGUCACUGCCUUAUGAAUCAUCCAGAUCUAGCAAAAGAUUUAACAGAAUAUCUUAAAGUGAGGUCUCAUGACCCUGAAGAAGCCAUUAGGCAUGAUGUUAUUGUAUCAAUAGUUACUGCUGCUAAGAAAGACCUUCUGCUUGUCAAUGAUCAUCUACUUAACUUUGUGAGAGAAAGAACACUUGACAAACGGUGGAGAGUUAGAAAAGAGGCAAUGAUGGGACUUGCACAGAUAUACAAGAAAUAUUCUUUGCAGUCAGAAGCUGGAAAAGAAGCAGCAAAACAGAUUGCUUGGAUAAAGGACAAGCUGCUACAUAUAUACUAUCAAAAUAGUAUUGAUGAUCGACUGUUGGUUGAACGCAUCUUUGCUCAGUACAUGGUCCCUCACAAUUUAGAAACAAAUGAAAGAAUGAAAUGCUUAUACUAUCUUUAUGCAACCCUGGAUUCAAAUGCCGUUAAGGCACUGAAUGAAAUGUGGAAAUGCCAGAAUCUGCUGAGGCAUCAGGUAAAGGAUUUGGUUGACUUAAUCAAGCAGCCCAAAACAGAUGCCAGUGGUAAAGCUAUAUUUUCAAAAGUGAUGGUAAUAACAAGAAACUUACCAGAUCCUGGCAAAGCACAAGAUUUCAUGAAGAAAUUCACUCAAGUUCUAGAAGACGAUGAUAAAAUAAGGCACCAAUUGGAAAUGCUUGUUAGCCCAAUGUGUUCAUGCAAACAGGCUGAAGGAUGCGUGCGAGAAAUUACAAAGAAAUUAGGCAAUCCUAAACAACCGACCAACCCAUUUCUGGAAAUGAUAAAGUUCCUUCUGGAGAGGAUAGCCCCAGUGCACAUUGAUACAGAAUCCAUCAGUGCUCUUAUUAAACAAGUGAACAAAUCUAUAGAUGGAACAGCAGAUGAUGAAGAUGAAGGUGUGCCUACUGAUCAGGCAAUCAGGGCAGGUCUUGAAUUGCUUAAGGUGCUUUCGUUUACACACCCUAUCUCGUUCCAUUCAGCUGAAACUUUUGAAUCUCUCCUGGCAUGUCUGAAAAUGGAUGAUGAAAAGGUAGCUGAAGCUGCAUUGCAAAUUUUCAAAAACACCGGAAGCAAAAUUGAAGAGGAUUUCCCACACAUCAGAUCAGCCUUGCUUCCAGUUUUGCAUCACAAAGCUAAAAAAGGACCUCCACGCCAGGCCAAGUAUGCCAUUCACUGCAUCCAUGCAAUAUUUUCCAGCAAAGAAACUCAAUUUGCACAGAUAUUUGAGCCGUUACAUAAGAGUCUUGAUCCAGGCAACCUUGAACAUUUGAUUACACCUCUGGUUUCCAUCGGUCACAUAGCCUUGUUAGCACCUGAUCAGUUUGCUGCCCCAUUGAAGUCCUUGGUGGCCACCUUUAUUGUUAAAGAUUUAUUAAUGAGUGAUAGGAUGCCAGGAAAAAAGACAACUAAGCUUUGGGUGCCAGAUGAAGAAGUUUCUCCUGAGACACUUGUAAAGAUUCAGGCCAUCAAAAUGAUGGUUCGAUGGUUGUUAGGAAUGAAGAAUAACCACAGUAAAUCAGGAACAUCCACCCUGAGAUUGUUAACAACAAUAUUGCACAGUGAUGGAGACCUUACAGAACAGGGGAAAAUUAGCAAACCAGAUAUGUCUCGUCUGAGGUUGGCUGCUGCUAGUGCUAUUGUGAAGCUGGCACAGGAGCCUUGUUAUCAUGAAAUCAUCACGUUAGAACAAUACCAGCUGUGUGCAUUAGCAAUUAAUGAUGAAUGUUAUCAGGUUAGACAAGCAUUUGCUCAGAAGCUUCACAAGGGCCUUUCAAGGCUACGGCUACCACUAGAGUAUAUGGCCAUUUGUGCUCUGUGUGCAAAGGAUCCAGUAAAAGAGAGAAGAGCUCACGCGAGGCAAUGCCUGGUGAAAAACAUAAAUGUAAGAAGAGAAUAUCUGAAACAGCAUGCAGCAGUCAGUGAGAAACUUUUGUCACUUCUACCGGAGUAUGUUGUUCCAUAUACUAUUCAUCUUCUGGCACAUGAUCCAGAUUAUGUCAAAGUCCAAGAUAUUGAACAACUGAAAGACAUUAAAGAGUGUCUCUGGUUCAUUUUGGAAAUACUGAUGGCUAAAAAUGAAAAUAACAGUCAUGCCUUUAUCAGAAGAAUGGUGGAAAACAUUAAGCAGACUAAAGAUGCUCAAGGACCUGAUGAUCCCAAAAUGAAUGAAAAACUUUACACAGUGUGUGACAUAGCAAUGAACAUCAUCAUGUCAAAGAGCACAACAUACAGUUUGGAAUCUCCCAAAGACCCUGUACUUCCAGCUCGAUAUUUCACUCAACCUGAUAAGAAUUUCAGCAAUACCAAAAAUUAUCUGCCUCCAGAAAUGAAAUCAUUUUUCACUCCUGGAAAACCCAAAGCAGCCAACGUUCUUGGAGCCGUUAAUAAGCCUCUUUCAUCAGCAGGCAAGCAAUCCCAAUCCAAAUCUUCACGAAUGGAAACUGUAAGCAAUGCCAGUAGCAAUUCAAAUCCAAGCUCACCUGGAAGAAUCAAAGGGAGACUUGAUAGUACUGAAAUGGACCACAGUGAAAAUGAAGACUAUACCAUGGCUUCACCUUUGCCAGGGAAGAAGAAUGACAAGAGAGAUGACUCUGAAAUUUCAGAGCUUGAAAAGCCCAGAGGUAGAAAGAAAAUUAUCACAGACCCAGAAGAGAAGUUAGGUAUGGAUGACCUGAGUAAACUGGGACAAGAACCUAAACUCAGGAGUGGUCAGCGAGGGAGGAAGAGAUCCGCGGCUGUUUCAGAGUCUGAGGAACCUCAGUGGUCAGAGGAAAAAAGGCUAAAGGAAGAAGUCUUAGAAAGUGAAGAUGAACAGAACAGUCCACCAAAGAAGGGAAGAAGAGGACGACCUCCAAAGGCAGCCAGUGGAGGCACACAAAAGGAAGAACCAGCAGUAAAGACUUCUAAACGAGGUAGAAAAAAAGCUGCACCAGUUAAACCUGUCGAGGAGGAGGAGGAAGAAGAGGAGGAGGAAGAAAGGCAAAUAGAGAAUAUAGAACAAAAGCCAAAAGGUCGGCAGUACAAGACACCAAGAAAAACACAACAAAGAUCUGAAUCAUCUGAAAUAAGUACAACUGAGUCUAACCAGUCUACACCACAGAAAAGACGAGGAAGACCACCAAAAACACCAACCUCACAGCCAAAAAAAGGAAGAGCUGUGCGGUCAAAACAAACAGCAAGUAAAGAAAAUGAAUCUGGGGAAGAGAUGGAUGUAUUUCAGAGUAGUUCUCCUGUUGAAGAUAUCCCCCAAGAAGUAGAAAUGGAAGAAGAGGAAGUUUCCACAAUCAGAGUACGACGGAGGACGUCCAAAAGGGAAAGGCGAUGAACAAGCCACAUCAUCAGCCUUUUCAAAUGGAAGCUUUGAAGAAUGCUCUUAAUAUACAUAAAGCAUGAGGCUGAACUAAGCUAUUGGUGCUCACAGUAGGGUUGCUGAAGAGAGUCCAGACAAAUCUUUGUUUCCUGCCCUGCUUUUGGAGUUCCUAGGUCACGAGCAUAAGCCAUGCACAUAUUAAUAUCAUUAACUGUGGGGUUUUGUGAUGUGUAAUGUGUGCUGGCUAUAUAGACACAUGAACUGAAGAAACCACCUGUAAAUAAUCCCUUUUUUAAAUGUUUCUGACUUCUAAAGUGCUUGUAUAGCUUUUACUGCGGCUUUAAACCUGACAGUGCCAGACUGUUUGUUAGAUUUGUUGAUUUCAAAAAAAGAGAAAAAAAUUGUUAGAAUGGAUUUCAAGCAAUAUCUAUCAGUGUUUGUGUUUUUUAUUUUUCUUGGCAUUUAACUGUGAAAAAAUAAUCAGCUUGACAAAAUAGUGACACUUUCUUUGACACUAUUUGUUGGAAAGUAACAGAAGAGACAUGGUCUGUUUUCCUUAAUGUAUGUAAUCCAGUGUUUACUUUUGGCACCCAGCUGUCUCUGGAGAUGCCAAAUUGCUUUUGAAUUAUGUGGGAUAAAAAAAAUCAGCCAGAUGCAGAUUUGUGAAACAGGAUUCAUUUUUCACACCUCAGUAUUGAUACCAGACUCCUCUGGACCGCUAGUGGCAUUGAGAAUUUCAAAAGAAUUUAAUAUUUUAAUUUUUAAAAUGUGUUAUUAAAUAAUGUAAUGAAAUCUUAUCAUCUUAUUUUCCUUAUUAGUUUUUGUUAAUCUACUGUAUCAAUAAAAUUCUGUAACUGAAUUUUUUAUUAGUCUAGUAUUUCAAUGUGUAUAUUUUCUCCUGAACAUUAUGUUCACAAAGAGCAAAUUAUUUCAUUCUAAUAUGAAACCUGCUAUCUGAACUUUAGCAAAAAAAAAAAAAUACAGGUUUUAUUAUCAUGUAAAGUUAAUCAGAAAGAAGAUUUUAUUGAUGCAGUCUGUCUUUAUAAAGCUGGUCUUCAGAGCCAAGUGUUUUUGUAUUUCACAGUGAGUUGCAUGUUUAUGAGAAAAUGUAAUGAAACUGCGAUGUAAUUUUUUUUAACGUUUUAUCCGACUGUAGGGUAUGCUACAUUGCCUUGUGAGAAGAAUAUUCUACCAAGA